GGGAGUUAAAAAAAAAAAAAAAAAAAACCCAGCUGGACGUCACACAGAGGAUCUUCCGACUCUCGAUCCCACAUGGAAGCCGGGUUACACCGCGUAAAAGAAGAAGUCUGAUCCAUCCGCCCUGCGGUACCCCUUACCUUUACACAUCGCAACCCCCCGGAGCGUGAGAGAAAAAUGAGAGUGCAGGUGUUGGUGCCCGUGACAGUAGUGGUGUCUCUUGUUUUGUUCGGCCUGGUGAAAGUGCGGAAGAAGACACAGGGGAUGGAGGAAAAGCGCAGCAGGUUCCAGGACAUCAAGCUGCGGGUGAGCUCCGAUGUGCUGGCGGAGUAUAUGACCGACAUCGAGAACAAGCAGCAGGAGCUCGAGAGGAGCCGACUGGAGAUCAAAACCAGUGAGGAGGCGAUCGUAGCGCUGGGCGGCAAGAAGGAUGAGGCCAUGGGGAAAAUCAAAAUCUGCAAUGAUGAAAAGGAAGAUCCAAAAGAAAAGCAAAUUUCCACAGACACAGAACUCACUAACCUACGAGGGGAAAAUGAUAAGGAGAUGGCCAGCUGGAAAAAAGAAGUGGAGUCCCUGACACAGCAACUAGCAGCACCGAGUGCAGUUUGUGCCUUUCUGAAAGAAGAAUCAGAUCUAGCAAGAAAGUUGUGUGGCAAAGAAGUGAAGGAGGACCCCAAAAAGGAAGAGGCAAAGGAGGAGGCCCCCAAAAAGGAAGAGGCAAAGGAAGAGGCCCCUAAACAGGAAGAGGCAAAGAAGGAGGCCCCAAAAAAGGAAGAAACAAAAGAAGAGGCCCCCAAAAAGGAGGAGGCCCCUAAAAAGGAAGAGGCAAAGGAGGAGGCCCCAAAAAAGGAGGAGGCCCCUAAAAAGGAAGAGGCACCGGAGGAGGCCCCCAAAAAAGAGGAGGCCCCCAAAAAGGAAGAGGCAAAGGAGGAGGCCCCCAAAAAGGAAGAGGCAAAGGAGGAGGCCCCCAAAAAGGAAGAGACCCCUAAGAAGAGAUGAGAAGUAACACCUCCUCAACCCUUUUUGAUUCGUUCCAACCAGAUCCGAGCCUGUAGCUUUACAGAGUGGAUGACACAUACAGUGAUAUAGAUGUGAAUGUAUAUUCCUUUAUAAUCUGUUAUUUAUUCUUAACCAGCUAAUUAAUAGAAAUGAGGAUAUACACAUUUUGGAAUAUGACACAAUUUAUUGUCGUUUUUUGCGUGUGUGUGUGUGUGUGUGUGAAUGAGAAAUGUUAGAUUUUGUGGUGGCUUAGAUCAAGACUUCAUAUUUAUGUGUGAAAGGUAAAAAAAACAAUCAUUGAUUAAAUAGAGGGGAUUUAAUGUGAUGUGGUUUGACCUGCAAAUCACUGUAAAAAAACAAAUUGUAUGAUGGACCAACUUUACUGCUUAACCUCUGUUGUAUUGUCGACAAUGCACUAACUUUUUAAAUUUGAAUAAAAACUUUGUCUAUCA